CCUAUUUAAAUGAAAAAGUUUUACAUACAAUCGGUGUGCAGUAAAAUACUGAACAACCGAUUUUUCGCACGUGUGAACAUUAAUUUUUUUUUUUUCCUUUUUCCAAAAUAACUAACAUCUUCUUCAGCAAGCUACAAUAUAGGAGAGAGAAAACUCCAAUUUUCCAGAUUCAAAGCUCCUUCACCAAGCAACCAUGGAGGAGAGAGAAAUCUACAAUUUUCGAUCAACAAUGCCGGAAACCUCCAAAGCUUCCAAUUACGAAAACCUAAUGCGCGAAUUUCUGCAAUUACAAAGAGAAAAUCGACCACCAUUAACGCAACAUCCAGAGAAAACAUGGAGUUUCGACCUCAAUCAAACAUUCAGAGAAGGUGAAGUAGAGAAUUUCGUUGAUGAUUUCGAUGAAUUUAAUGAUGAUAACAUUCAAAACUCAAAAGUUCCAGAAAUUCAAAUACAAGAUAUUGAAAAUCAAGGUGUUUCAAAUACAUUAGAAGAUGAAGAUCAAGUUAUUCCGAACACACUAGAUGAAGAAGGACAACCAGUAGAUGAAGACGAAGGUUUACACAUUGUCUCUAUUUAGAGACUUUGAAGAGGAAUUUGGCUACUCAAUGGCGACCACAGUACAAAUUCUAGGGAGAACUGAAGAAAACAUUAUUCUUUAUGAAGUAUCGCUAGAAGAAAAGCCAUGGUCUUCCCAACAGGUAAGUUACAUACAUGAGAGCCAAACUAUAUGGUGCACUUGCAAGAAUUUCGAAGCUUCUGGUUGGCUAUGCUAUCACUGCCUAAGAAUUUUACAUCUACAUUCUAUUACAAGAAUUCCAGAGAAGUACAUUAGCAAAAGAUGGACAAAGCUUGCAAAAACUGAAGUAUGGAAUAGAAUGGA